UCAAGAGCACAAGCUAGCGCGCGAAUUCACACCCAUUGGAGCACUGCAACCGACGAUAACGAAAGCUACGGUUUCUGGACAAAGAAAUUGCGAGAGUCGAUUAUGAGAUUUAUCAAGAUUCAAGCGGGGCUGCGGAUUGGGAUUGAUGCGGAGAGAAGAUCGCUUGGGUUGAGGUUGGCGAGGAGAUUCAAAUGGACCGCUGAUUGA